AAAGAGGCUGUUGAAUGCGAAGCAGGCGAAGUCGUUGUUGGAAAGAGAUGUUUCACGACCAAAGGCAACGGACUCUUCACUGAAUACUCUAAGGCGUGUGGUGAAAGAUACCGUUUUCACGUGAUAGAAAGCGAAUUUGAUAGACAGUGGAUCGCCCUUCGUAUGCAAGAGAGCGACGAAGAAAUGUGGGUGGGAAUUUCUGGUGAAUACUUCUAUGCGAACCGUCCGAUCGCUCAUAAAGGGAACAGGACGAAGAGAGGGACUGGCUCAAGCGGAGCACCAGCACCGAGAAGAGGAAAAAUAGUCAAAAUGCACAUGAAGGAUAUCAAAAAGGGCAAUCUCAUCAGAGGAAAGUUACGUGGUGCCGUUGCAACAGAAAAGCAUCCGUUUCUGUGUUCGAGAAAAGGGAAAGCUAAAACGCACCCUGCAAAAGUACACCACGCGAAUCCACCUGAGACAGCUCCUGCUCCCCCUCCGGAAACAGCUCCUCCUGAGACAGCUCCUCCCAAGACAGCCCCUCCUCCAUCGGCUACAAAGGCUACCACAAAACGGACUAAAAAGCAACCAGCGACGCAUAAACCUGGUGCGACUAAGAAACGAAAGCCUAAGCCUACCAAACCUUCUGUUACUCUGCCACCAGGACAAUCAUUAGGACCUAUUGAUAGUGUUCCGCCAAAAAAGGCA